UUACUUCAACAGUACACUCUUCCCUCUGUACGAGGUCGCUCCUUCAGUUUAUGUCCUUAGAUGUCAUUGUGGUAAGGUUGACUGGUUUGAUUUUAAAUUUUGGUUAUUUACUGACUGAUCAUGGUUGGCUACACGGCGGACGAGAAACUCCGCGUUGAGCAACUGACCAAACUAAGAAGGCAAUGGCUGAAGGACCAGGAGCUUAGUCCUAGGGAACCUGUCGUUCAACCCAAACCACCCGGCGCCAUCCAGAAAUUCUGGACAGGUUUUUUGGAGCCUAAGAACUUGUGGAGACUUUAUACUUUCAAAGCGUAUAACGCUGGUGUUUUUGCCGUCACACGAGUGCUGAUCCCUGCUUGGAUUGUGCACUACUAUGUCAAGUACCACGUUGCUACACUGCCAUAUGGUAUUGUUGCUUUAAAGCCCAGACUGUUUCCAGGUGACACUAUCUUGGAGACUGGAGAAGUUGUUCCUUCUCUUCCUGAAGCUGAGGACCAUGGACAUCACUGAAAAACAGCUGUUGUGAUCAAAACCUUGAUUUGUCUUCAUUGUGCAAAUUUAAUGUAUAUAUAUAUAUAUAUCAGUAAAGAUAUUCUAGUGAAUCUUC